AUGGCCGCGGCCAGGGAGAAGGCCUCAGUUCUGGAGCUGGUCCGCUACGCCGACACACGGGACCGGUGCCUCAUGGCGCUGGGCGCGCUGGGCAGCUUCGGCGACGGCAUGAUGCAGCCGCUCUCCAUGCUCGUGCUCGGCGACAUCGUCAACAGCUACGGCGGCGCCGGGACCGCCGACAGCGCCUUCAGCUCCAGCGCCGUCGACAAGUUUGCGCUUCGGUUGCUGUACGUCGCGGUUGCCGUCGGCGCCUGCACGUUCCUAGAGGGGCUGUGCUGGACGCAGACCGCGGAGCGGCAGGCGUCCAGGAUGAGGCGGCUGUACCUGGAGGCCGUCCUGCGGCAGCAGGUGGAGUUCUUCGACACGUCCGGGCCGUCCUCUUCGCAGGCCACCACGUUCCGGGUCAUCUCCACAAUCUCCGACGACGCUGACACCAUCCAGGACUUCCUCGCCGAGAAGCUGCCCAACGUCCUGGCGAACAUGACGCUCUUCUUCGGCGCGCUGGUCGUGUCCUUCGUCUUCGCGUGGCGGCUCGCGCUGGCGGGCCUCCCGUUCACGCUCCUCUUCGUGGCCCCGAGCGUGGUCCUGGCCAAACGCAUGGCCGCCGCGGCGGGGGAGGCGCGCGCGGCGUACGAGGAGGCCGGCGGCGUCGCCGAGCAGGCGGUGUCGUCCAUCCGCACCGUGGUGUCGUACCGCGGGGAGCGGCAGACGCUGGAGCGGUUCGGGCGGGCCCUGGCCCGGAGCACGGCGCUCGGCAUCAAGCAGGGGCUCAUCAAGGGCGCCGUCAUCGGGAGCCUGGGCAUCAUGUACGCCGUCUGGUCCUUCAUGUCCUGGAUCGGCAGCGUCCUGGUCAUCCGUUUCCACGCGCAGGGCGGGCACGUCUUCGUCGCCUCCAUCUGCAUCAUCUUGGCCGGAAUGUCCAUCAUGAUGGCUCUACCAAACCUGCGUUACUUCGUCGACGCCGCGAUGGCGGCAGCACGGAUGCGUGAGAUGAUCGACAGGCUGCAGCCUCUCGAGACGGAGGGCAAGAAGGGCGCCACCAAGGAGAGCAUCAGGGGGCAGAUCACGUUCAGGGACGUGCAUUUCUCGUACCCGUCCAGGCCUGACACGCGGGUGCUCGACGGCGUGAGCCUCACCAUCUCUGAGGGCGCCACCGUCGGCCUCGUCGGCGGGAGCGGGUCCGGGAAGUCCACUAUCAUCUCCUUGCUGCAGAGGUUCUACAUCCAGGACUCGGGCGAGAUACUGCUGGACGGCAGUGACAUUGGCACGCUCAACGUGGAGUGGCUCAGGAGCCAGAUCGGCCUCGUGAGCCAGGAGCCUGUGCUGUUCGCCACGUCCAUCAGGGAGAACAUUCUGUUCGGCAACGAGGCGGCCUCGCUGAAGCAAGUCGUCGUGGCGGCGAAGAUGGCCAACGCUCACGAUUUCAUCACCAAAUUGCCCCAUGGAUACGAAACCAAUGUCGGGCAGUUCGGGACGCAGCUAUCGGGAGGACAGAAGCAGCGCAUCGCCAUCGCCCGCGCGCUCAUCAGGGACCCCAAAAUCCUGCUCCUCGACGAGGCGACCAGCGCGCUGGACUCCGAGUCGGAGCGCGCGGUGCAGGACGCGCUGGACCGGGCGUCCGUGGGCCGGACGACCGUCGUCGUGGCGCACCGCCUCUCCACCAUCCGCAAGGCCGACAUGAUCGCCGUGCUCGACGCGGGCCGCGUGGUGGAGUGCGGCACGCACGACGAGCUCCUCCUUGGCACGGAGGCCGGCGAAGGCGGCGGCGUCUACGCACGGAUGGCGCUGCUGCAGAAGGCGUCCGUGGCGACGGAGGAACGCCAGCGGGUGGUGGAGGUAGAGCCGGAGAGCAGCAGGGUGUCGUUCCGUAGCGUUGAGAUCAUGUCGGUGCCCAGCGACUUCCACCCAAGCCCGGUGACAUCGUUCAGGUCGGUCGAACGCUCCGUGGAAAUGGAAGACCACGAGCGCGACGGCCACGACCCGGCGCGCGGCAGAAAGCCUUCCCAGCUCCGCCUGCUCAAGAUGAAUCGGCCGGAAUGGAAGCAAGCUCUGCUCGGGUGCGCCGGCGCCAUCGUUUUCGGUGCGGUGCUGCCGCUCUACUCUUACAGCCUCGGAGCUUUGCCGGAGGUGUAUUUUCUCGGCGACGAUCACCUCAUCCGUACAAAGACCAGGCUGUACUCCCUCGUCUUCUUCGGCAUUGCCAUCGUCUGCAUCACGGCGAACAUCGUGCAGCACUACAACUUCGCCGUCAUGGGCGAGCGCCUGACAGAGCGCGUCCGUGGACAGAUGUUCGCCAAGAUACUCUCCUUCGAGGUCGGGUGGUUCGAUGAGGACGAGAACUCAAGCGCCGCGGUGAGCGCGCGGCUGGCCACGCAGGCCACCAAGGUCCGCUCCCUCGUCGGCGACCGCAUGUGCCUCCUGGUGCAGGCGGCCGCCAAUGCGGCGCUAGGUUUCUCUCUGGCGCUCGCAGUGUCGUGGCGGCUCGCGGUGGUCAUGAUGGCGAUGCAGCCGCUGAUAAUCGCGAGCUUCUACUUCAAGAAGGUGCUCAUGACCGCCAUGUCCAAGAAGGCCAAGAAGGCGCAGGUGCAAGGGAGCCAGCUCGCCAGCGAGGCUGUCGUGAACCACCGGACGAUCACCGCGUUCUCGUCGCAGCGUCGGAUGCUCCGCCUGUACGAGGCCGCGCAGGAGGCGCCGCGGAAGGACAACAGGGUGGAGUCGUGGUACUCCGGCUUCUGCCUGUCCCUGUGCCAGUUCAGCAACACGGGCAGCAUGGCGCUUGCGCUGUGGUACGGAGGCAGGCUCAUGGCCAAGGGCCUCAUCACCCCCAAGCACCUGUUCCAGGUGUUCUUCAUGCUCAUGACCAUGGGAAGGGUGAUCGCCGACGCCGGCAGCUUGACGUCCGACCUAGCCAAGGGCGGUGACGCCGUGCGGUCCAUCCUCGACACGCUGGACCGUGAACCGAUGAUCAAGGACGACGGCGACGAAGCCAGCGAACCGAAGAAGAAGAAGAGGAAGCAGCAGCACAAGGAGAUGAAAGGCGCGAUCGAGUUCAGGAACGUGCACUUCUGCUACCCGAUGCGGCCGGAGAUGAGCGUGCUCCAUGGGUUCAGCCUCGAGAUAGGCGCGGGGAAGACGGUAGCGCUCGUCGGGCCGAGCGGAUCCGGCAAGUCCACGGUGAUCGGCCUGAUGGAGCGCUUCUACGACGUGCAGAAAGGCUCGGUGCUGAUCGAUGGCAGGGACAUCAGGAGCUGGAGCCUGGCGCACCUCCGAUCGCACAUCGCGCUCGUCAGCCAGGAGCCGACACUGUUCUCCGGCACCAUCCGGGACAACAUAAUGUACGGCGACGAGCACGCCACCGAGGACGAGGUGACCAGCGCCGCCAAGCUUGCCAACGCCCACGAGUUCAUCAGCGCGAUGGAGGGUGGCUACGACGCGCGCGUCGGGGAGCGAGGGGCGCAGCUGUCCGGCGGGCAGAGGCAGCGGAUCGCGCUGGCGCGUGCGAUACUGAAGAACGCGCGGGUCCUGCUGCUGGACGAGGCGACGAGCGCGCUGGACACCGUGUCGGAGAGGCUGGUGCAGGACGCUAUCGACAGGAUGCUGCAGGGGAGGACGUGUGUGGUCGUGGCGCACCGCCUCUCCACGGUGCAGAAGGUCGACAUGAUUGCGGUGGUGAAGGGCGGCAAGGUGGUGGAGAGAGGGCGGCACGCGGAGCUCAUCGCCGCCGGACGUGGAGGGAUGUACUACAACCUGAUGAAGUUGCAACAGGGUAGGUCGCCGUGCCUUAGUCCUAAGUAA